AUGAAGAAGACCCUGGACAAGUUAUGGCCGGCGCUCGCGGAGAGCAGACUCGCCGUCGCGCUGUUCGCCGGCCUCUUCGUCGCGGCGGUGAUCUUUCUCUCCGUGCCGACGCAGUUCACAGUCCGUGGCACAAACGCUCUCUUGCGGGGCUCGUCGGGAGACGACGGUGCAGGUUCGCCGGCGCCGGGGGAGGAGACGAGUGGUCAUGCACUGCCACCGCUAGGUGAAGAAAUUGCACCGGCGACGGCGAUGGCAACCUCUGUUGCGCAAGUGCAUCCUCCUCUGGAGCCGAUCUGCGACCUCUCCGACCGGCGCUACGACGGGUGCGAGAUGUGGGGCGACGCGCGCACGGCGAGUGGCGCCAACAAUUCGGUGGUCUACUUCAUCCCGCCGCCGCCGCAGCUGGCCACCGCGGCGGCGGCCACCUGGAGCAUCCGCUCCCAGUCCCGCAAGAUCGUCGACGUCCGCGAGGUGACCGUCCGGUCCCUGGACGCGUCCAGCCUCCACGAGGCGCCCCGCUGCACGGUCCGCCGGGGCGUGCCGUCCGUGGUGUUCGCGCUCGGCGGCCUAACGUCCAACUACUGGCACGCCUUCAGCGACGUGCUGGUGCCGCUCUUCACGACGGCGCGGGCCUUCGGGGGCGACGUUGAGCUCCUCGCCACCGGCGCCGGCGCCCAGGCCUGGUUCCUCGGCAAGUACGGCCGCGUCUUCCGCGCGCUCUCGCGGUACGACGUGGUGGACCUCGACGCGGACGACGACGUCGUGCGGUGCUACGCACACCUCGUCGUCGGCCUCCGCGGGCCACCACCGCGACUUCGACAUCGACCCAGCGCGCGCCCGAAUGGGUACGACAUGCUCGCGUUCCGCGAGUUCGUCCGAGCCGCCUACCCUUUACCCCCGCCGCCGCCAGGAGCCAGCGUCGCGCUACCGUGCAAGUCUGGCGGCGGCGGCGGAACGAGGCCGCGGCUCAUGCUCAUCCUCCGGGACGCGCGCGCGGCGGUUCGUGAACGAGGGCGCGAUCAUGGGCCGCGAUCGAGCGCGCCCGGCCGAGGUGGCGCGCAUGGAUGA